AUGCCACCUAAACGAAUGACAGCAAACCCGGUGAAACCAGCGCGUUAUCGCGCUGGUAAGCCCACAGGAGCAGAGUCUGACUCAGAUUCCGACGCGAGCGAAAUCGAUGAGUCUAAUGAGCCAGCGCUUCCACCUCCACCGAAAGCGACCAGCGCGGGCAAAAUUUCAUCAGGCAACCUAGCAAAAGUCGACCUCAACGCUCGAAGAAAAGAAGCGGAAGCUGCCGAAGAACGGAGACUUGCCAAGGAAAAAGCCGAGCGCCUCGCUGCAGAAGAAGGUUUCGUGACAGAGGAGGAGGAAGAAAGUGAAGAGGAAGAAGACGACGAUGAGGAGGAGGAAAGCGAAUCCGAAGAAGAGAGCAGCGAGGACGAAGCGCCACGAAGAUUGAUGAUUCGGCCGAAAUUCGUACCAAAAAGCCAAAGAGGAAAUGCCAAGACCCCUGCGCAAAAAGAGGAAGAAGCACGGCAGGCCGAAGAAGAGGCCCGCAAGAAAGCCGCCGACGAGCUUGUGGAAGAGCAAAUAAAAAAGGAUCUUGCCGCUCGCGCAGCAGGCAAAAAGCAUUGGGAUGACGACGAGAACGAGGACUCGGAUGUGGAUACAACAGACGGGCUAGAUCCAGAGGCUGAAGAAGCAGCUUGGCGCGUUCGCGAACUCAAACGCCUGAAGCGUGCCCGCGCUAUCAUUGAAGAGCGUGAAAAGGAGCUUGCAGAAGUCGAGCGUCGACGUAACCUGACCGAGGAGGAAAGACAAGCCGAGGACGAGGCGUUCCUGGCGCAACAGAAAGAGGAAAAGGAGGGCAAGGGCAAAAUGUCAUUCAUGCAGCGUUAUCUACACAAGGGAGCAUUCUACCAGGACGAGAUGAAAGCGGCUGGUCUGGAUAAGCGAGACAUCAUGGGAAGUCGUAUCCAGGACGACGUGCGGAACCGUGAGGCCCUUCCCGAAUACCUGCAGCGUCGCGACAUGGCCAAGCUGGGUCGUAAAGGUGCAACAAAGUACAGGGACAUGCGUACCGAGGACACAGGCCGAUGGGGAGAUAUCGGCGAUGGCCGAAAGAGAGACGGUGGACAAUUCGAGGAAGACGAGCGUUUCAGACCCGACGACGACAGGUUUGGCCGUGACGAACGAAGCGCUGGCGGCGCCAAUGCCAUUCCUCUAGGUGAUCGCAAGAGAGACGACCGGAAUGAGAGAGACAAUGGCCACCGAGAUCGAAGAGAUAGGGAUAGUGACUCUCAUCGAUCAAGAGGUGAUGGACAAAGCCGACGAAGGUCGCGGUCGCCACGACGCGAAGACGAUAGAGAUAGAGAUGAUUACCGGCGUCGUAAACGCAGUACGUCACGCGACGACGAGCGGUAUGAGAGCGAGAAGAGACGCAAGGUGGAUGCCAGAUGA